UACUUGGUGUUUAAGCUAUAGUACCCUCUCUCUCCCCAUCUCUCUCUCUCUCUCUCUCUCUCUCUCUGCAAUGGAAAUUAGUGGAACCAGGUCCUUCACCUUAAGUUUAGCCUUUCUUCUUCUUUGCUUUUGCAGUGAAACUUGUAACGCUAAGGACAACACUAGUGCCAAGUCCUGCACUUCAUCCUGCGGCCAUAUCCACAACAUAAGCCAUCCUUUUCGACUGACCGAUGAUCCGAAGCACUGCGGCAACGUAUCGUAUACUCUGUACUGUGAUAGCAACAUUACAGUACUAGACCUACCUACCGGAAAAUACCAUGUCCAGGCAAUCAACUACAAUAACAAAACAAUUCGACUCCUAGAUUUUGGCCUUCAGAGCAACAACUGCUCUUCCAUGUCUCAAAAUAUUCCGGUCACCUAUGACACCAUUUCUCUAUAUUGGCUAGCCCCAAAGCGUUCAGCUUAUAUAUAUUACUAUUACUUGAAGUGUUUGAAUCCAUCGAAGUCUUCUCUAUACGUGGACACUGCUCCAUGCUUGAAUAAUACAAGUUCUUCUUCUUCGAGUCAACCAAAAACGUACAGCUAUGUCACCUGGGGCAAAUUCAAUUACUUCUACGCAUGGGAUUUGGAUGAGGGUUGCAGUGUAGAGUGGACCAGCACUGUAGAAAUGAGUUGGGCUGCCGGCUACGUUGAGGACUACAGCAACUUGUCUUAUAAAGACAUACACAAUGCCCUCAUGUAUGGCUUUGAGCUUUAUUUCGAGCGGCCUUAUACAGAAAGCAGAUGCCCAGGAUGGACUGCGAAAGAUGUGUCUACAUGUUUUCCUCACACCAUUUCAGGUUUCUUUCGAUAUCUAUGGCAACAAAUCGGUCAUGAAGAUAGCCAUUUGCCUGGCAAGUUGCGUCCAUUGUUACGCACCGAGAACAACGAAACCGUGCGUGGAUUGUUUAUACUCAUAUGCAUCGGGUUAUUUUUCCUAGCCAGAUUUGUUUUUGGAGGUCUAGUUGUGACUGCAUUUUUAAUCUACACAUGGCGCAGAAGACAUUUAUCAAUGUAUAGCACAAUAGAAGAUUUUCUGCAAUGCAAUAACAACUUCAUGCCUAUAAGGUACUCUUACUCGGACAUCAAGAAAAUGACUCGCAGGUUCAAGGACAAGUUGGGCGAAGGUGGCUUUGGCUCUGUAUUUAAAGGAAAGCUACGCAGUGGCCGUUUUGUAGCAGUUAAAGUCUUGGGCAAGCCCAAAGCUAAUGGCCAAGAUUUUAUUAGCGAAAUAGCUACGAUCGGAAGGAUUCACCAUGCUAAUGUGGUGCGACUUGUUGGAUACUGUGUCGAGGGAUCAAAGCGCGCUCUAGUAUAUGACUUCAUGCCUAAUGGCUCCCUUGAUAAAUACAUUUAUUCCAAAGAAGGAAGUCUUCCCUUAACUAUCAAGACUAUGUAUGAGAUUUCUCUUGGAGUGGCGCAAGGGAUUGAAUAUCUACAUCAAGGUUGCGAAAUGCAAAUUCUACAUUUCGACAUCAAGCCUCAUAACAUCCUUCUUGAUGAGAACUUUAUAGCAAAGGUUUCUGACUUUGGGCUUGCAAAAUUGUAUCCGGUAGAUACUAGCAUUGUCUCUUUGACGGCAGCACGGGGUAUAAUGGGCUAUAUUGCUCCUGAGUUGUUCUACAAAAAUAUUGGAGGUGUCUCGUACAAGGCCGAUGUCUAUAGUUUUGGAAUGUUGUUGAUGGAAAUGGCAAGCAGAAGGAAGAAUUUGAAUGCAACGGUAGAGCAUUCAAGCCAAAUCUACUUCCCAAUGUGGGUAUACGAUCAGUACAUUGUGGGAAAUGACUUGGAAAUGGACAAUGUUACAGAGGAGGAAAAGAAAGUAAUAAGAAAGAUGGUUAUAACCGCCUUGUGGUGUAUUCAAAUGAAGCCAAGUGAUCGCCCUUCGAUGUCCAAAGUUGUCGAAAUGCUUGGAGGAGAUGUUGAAUGUCUGCAAAUGCCUCUCAGGCCUUCUUUAUGCCCACAAGAGACGCCUGUGACUGUGGGUGAUAUUCAAGACAAUGAAUUGAACCCAAUAUGUUCUAACGUGGAGCUAACAUGUUCAUUGUCAGCUAGGUGAUAAUCAAAUGGUUAAGGAAGUGCAGUAAUGUAUUAUUAAUUAAAUUCUUGCUUUAAAGUGAUUUGGUGAAUAAUUGUCGUCUGUAA